GUAGCGGGCGGGCAUGAUUCCGUUAGCUUUUGGCUAAGCUAACGUGAUGUCUACGGCCUCUAAAGUGGUUCUGGGUGUUUCUGUGGUUCUAACACUGAGCACCGUGACUGGUGUUCACCUUAAACAAACCUGGGACCGACAGCGACUUCGCGAGGGUGUAGCUCGGGAUCAGGAGCGGUUGGAGAGGAAGAAAGAAAACCUGAGGCUGUUGGAGGAGCAGAAGAUUCUGACCAGACACCUGGAGGAGGAGAGACGACGCAGAGAGACAGAACUGCACCCGCAGGACCACCACUGA